AUGAGCUCUGGGAAAAAUGUUUGUAGAGAUUAUAGGUUAUGAAUUCGAAUAGGAUUUUAUAAAUAAAGAAUGAACUACUUCUAAUAUACCUAAAGUUUUAUCUCAGAUAUUAAAUCGAGCUAUAUAUAUAUAUAUAUAAAAUUGUAAAUUAUAAAUGAGACUAAUUUGUACCAAAUUGUUUUAAUUAUUUACUUUCUACCCAACAUGAUCAAGAACUUUUAGCACUUUCAUUAUUUAUUAAUAAAAAUUAGGUGUAUGAAAACAUGCUGCUAUCUCGACGACUAUUAGCAUUUAAUAAGUGUCAAACAAAAUGUUUUAUUCGAUUACAUUCUUCAGAGCAAAUAGACUAUCUGACAUCAGUUCUUGCUAAUGGUGUGAGGGAUUGGUCUUUAGUACAAGAAAACAUUUUAAAAAAGUAUGGAAACUAUAAUGAUAAGAAUAUAGAUUCAAUGAUGCUAAAAGUUAUGGUAAGAAAUAAAGAAUUUGAUGCUGCCAUGACAUUUGCUGAUUUUUUAAAAAACAAUAACAGAGAUAUUUCCCUGGGUGCUACCAAUGGCUUGCUCAAUCUUUAUUUUCAUUAUGGAAUGGAGCAUGAACUAUCAAAUGUACAGAAGCAGUUUAUUUUGGAUACCUAUGAUAAAUUACAUAAAAAGUAUAAAAUAUUAGAUUAUUCUACCGCUGAGAACUUGUUACAUGCUCUGUGCGUCAUCCAUGAGUGGAAGAAGUGUAUAAAACUUUUAGAAGACAUAAGUGUAAGUGGGACUCCAACUCAUUCAGCAUAUAGUACUUUAAUAGGAACUUUAUUUAAGAUAAAUAAAAAAGCAGAAGCCAUGAAAAUGAUAACUAAGAGUGUAAAUGAUAGAAGGCCUCUCCUAGACUAUGCAUAUGAAGAAUGGAUAAAAUAUAUUAACAGAAAAUAUAAGGACAAGAAAACAGUUUUUAAAUAUUUAAAUGAAAUAUCCACUCAUAUAUCAAAUAGUUGUAUUCCAAUAACAAAUGUAACAGCAAAUAGAAUUAAAGAAGCCUAUAUACAAGUAGAAUGUGAAGCAAAUAUAACUUCAAUUCACAGAAAAACUGGUGAAUGCACAACAUGCCAUCAAACAUUGGAUUGUUUAAAACUGACUGAAGAUGAAUUUACACAACUCCAAAAUAAUGUAAAGGACAAGCUAAUUGUAGGCUCUGAUUUAUUUUUAAAAUCGUCUCCCGGUGAACUGCAAAGAUUUUCAAAGUUUGUUGAAAAGACCGCACCUUAUGAUAUUGUGUUGGAUGCAUUGAAUAUAUCUUUCUUAGCAAAUAAAAAUAUUAAGGAUAGACUGUAUGUUUUGGGCCAUGUUGUUAACUAUUUUGCACAAAAGGAUAUGAAAAUAUUGCUUCUUGGAAGAAAACAUAUGUUGAAGUGGAAUAGAUCUGGUUUGGAGUAUUUAAUGGCAAAAUCCUUAACAUUCUUCACUGAUGAUUUAUCCCAAGACGAUCCAUACUUCAUAACAGCAGCCAUACUCAGCGGUUCUCACACGGAUAUUGUCUCGCGUGAUUUGCUAAGAGGUCAUCGUUUUGUUUUGAAAGACGAGAAUUUAAGAAAAAUCUUCCAAAGAUGGCAGUGGCAGCAUCAAUGGAAAGUUUUCAUGUCCAAAAGAGGCCCUAGUGUACAGUCUCCCCUACCGUUCACACCGUGCGCGCAAUUCAAUAACGGGGUGUGGCACAUACCGUACGAGUCUGAAAAUUCUUGCAAUGAAGGCAAAGUUAACGAUGGUGUUCCCGACUGUGCUACGUGGUUGUGUUUACGACAAAAAACCUAGCCAAUUAUAUAAAUUUUAUGAAAAA